ACUGUUUGAAGGUCACAUCAAUACAAACCUUCCCCAUGCGUGUGUGUACGUAUAUACGUUCGUCUAACGCUACGCCUUCAUUAAUCAACGCUAGGCAACUAACGCGUAUUCCGGACAGCUUGCCGCUGGUUAGUUCUGGACAACGCGUUUGGCCGAACGGACAUAUUCAACAGCUUUCGAAAUAAGUCAAUUACUUUUAGGUGACGAACAGCAGCAGAAGCAGCAACGUUAGUACGAUGGCGUUCGAUUUGGUGACGAUGACGGCCAUUGCCGCAAUUCUGGCCUUGCUAUACUACUACGUCCGUAGCCGGUAUCGCUACUUUCUGGACAAACCGUACCCACACCUGAAGCCUACCUUCCCGUUCGGUAGUUCCGGUCCUAUUAUGUUACGCCAGCGGGACAUGAUCGAGCACGUCGAGAUAGUGUACAAUAUACAUCCCGAUGCGAAAGUGGUCGGUGCGUACGACUUCCUUACCCCGAACCUGAUGCUGCGCGAUCCGGAAUGUGUGAAACAGAUUGGAGUAAAGGAUUUUGACUACUUCACCGAUCACACGCCGUUCGUGCCGAAUGAACACGAUAUCAUGCAGUCGGACAACAUGUUCCUCAACUCGCUGUUCAUGCUGCGUGGCCAGAAGUGGCGCGAUAUGAGGGCCACGCUUAGUCCCGCAUUUACCGGCAGCAAGAUGCGCCAGAUGUUCGAGCUAAUGUCAGAGAGUUGCCAGGGUAUGGUGCAGCAUCUUCUGGAUGAAGCGCGGGCAGACGAAUCCAAGCAGGUGCACGAGAUGAAGGAUAUCUUUACCCGGUUGGCCAACGAUGUGAUCGCAUCGAUUGCGUUUGGCAUUAAGGUGAAUUCGUUUUCCGAGCGAGAAAAUGAUUUCUACAAGCGUGGAAAGAAGCUGCUGGACUUUACCUCGUUCUGGCCAUCCAUCCGUUUUAUGCUGUUCAUAAUGAUGCCACGGGUAAUGCUAAAGCUAAACAUCGAGCUGAUGGAUAAGGAGAUGUGCCAACAUUUCCACGCUAUGAUUAUGGACAAUAUGAAGGUGCGCGAGGAAAAGGGCAUCGUGCGGAACGACAUGAUCAACAUUUUGAUGCAGGUGAAGCGAGGUAUGCUGAGCCAUCAGCGGGACGAACCGGACGUGAAGGAUGCGGGCUUUGCGACGGUGCACGAAUCAGCCGUUGGUAAGAAGGCGAUCACACGCGAAUGGUCCGAGAAGGAGCUAGUAGCGCAGUGCUUCCUGUUUUUCCUCGCCGGCUUCGACACUAUCUCGACCGCACUCGGAUUUCUGGCGUACGAGCUGAUGCUACACCCGGAGGUACAGGACCGGCUUUACGAGGAGAUCAUCGGGGUGGACGAGAAGCUCAAUGGUAAACCGUUGAACUAUGAAGCCGUGCAGGGUAUGCGCUACAUGGACAUGGUUGUGUCCGAAUCGUUGCGUCUCUGGCCGCCAGCACCGAUGGUCGAUCGGUACUGCAACCGGGACUACACCUUCGACGAUGGCGAAGGAUUGCGGUUCAAACUCGAAAAAGGUGUCACCGUCAUGAUACCGGUGGCGGGUUUACAUAGCGAUCCGAAGUACUUCCCCGACCCGAAGCGAUUCGAUCCGGAGCGCUUUAAUGAGGAAAAUCGUCACAAAAUCAACCCGGGAGCGUAUCUUCCAUUUGGAGUUGGGCCACGGAAUUGCAUCGGAUCCCGGUUUGCUCUAAUGGAGGUUAAGUCAGUUAUUUUUUACUUGCUGAAGAACUUUACAUUCGAACGUUCCGAUAAAACGCAGGUGCCACUAAAGCUGAAGCAUAGUCCGGCUGUGCUGGCAGCCGAAAAGGGCAUCUGGAUUCGUUUUAAGCCGCGUAAGCUUAGUAACUAAGGGAAUCCAAUGUGCAGCAUAAUCGAACAAAGCACCUUGAAUAAAAUUCAAUCAUGAAAACUAA